UGGGGUUGAGUCACACCGGAUUAUAUCGAAAAUCUGAAAGACAAGCUGCGCCGCAAGCCCAGCGUGAACGAGGAUAGCAAAGAAAUGCUACCGGCCCGGACGCGCAGUUUCUCAGAACCGAACGUUGAUGCCGACAAAUCGUGGAAUCUCCCAGUUCAUCCCAAUGUUGCUGGGCAGAUUUCAUCUGAAGUUGUCGAUGUACCACCUGCCAAACCUCCAAGAAUGAUGGUGCAUGCUCCGACUGUUGCUCCAGCCAACAAGGUGGAGUCUUCGCGAAUCUCGGACACUACCUCGGCCGUUCAACCGUUCAAUUCCGUAUUGAAAAACUCCAAAUCAAUGUCGCAAAUUGUUUCUCCUGCCGCUCCGGUCUUGCAACCCCCCAGUCCGCGGACAGAUGUUAUCGGCAGCAUGCUUGUACAACAACACAACCGCCCGUCCUCAUCCAGCCCGACAAGUCCACCACAAAGCCCACGAUCCGUCGGGUCAUCUAAAUCCACAAGUUACCUGUGGGCCGGCCUUUCACCUGCCGAAUCUCAAGCCAAACUGGACGCCGAUUCUGCUGCUUCGACGUCUUCUCCAUCGACAACGAACAAUCAGGGCGUCAAAGUGAAGAAAUCGAAAGACCGUGAGCGUCGACGCAGUAUUAUCCAGACGAUUACCGGUCUGUUCAGCAGCUCCAAGAAAGAAGAAAAGAAAGACGAACCAAAGGAAGUUGAUUCCUCUCCCAGUAAGAAAUCCAGCCCACCAAAGUUCCAGUUGCCGAAAUUUUCGGGAAAGAAGGACAAAUCCAACAAGGAUAAAUUGGCGUUGGAUGACUCCUACGAAGAAGGUCGACUGCGAGCUGCUAGUUCUCCUGUCACGCCCAACAACGAUGGUGUCAAACCACGAGCAUCGUCUCUUCUCGCUAGUCCAACCUCGGGAAGUGAAGCCAAUACUCCCACAACCAGUUUCGGCCUGGAACAGUACGGCGAUUCGGCAGGAACUCCUACCGGAGCGUGGUCAGCUUUCUCUUCGAGUAGCAGGCGACAAUCGAAGCAAGCCCGCCAAGUAGCGCGUCAAACGGAAUUAAAGAGACUGCGCAUGGCUCAAUCUAUACAGCGACAGCUGGAAGAAAUUGAAGUGAAGCAAAAGGAACUGGAGGACCAAGGCGUCAGACUUGAAAGAACUUUACGUGGUGAAGAAGGAGGAGUGUCCGGCCGUGACGAGUCUGCCCUGAUUCAGGAGUGGUUCCAGCUAGUCCACGAGAAGAACGCAUUGAGUCGGUACGAGCAGGAGCUGAUGGUUCGUGCUCGUGAACUUGAGCUGGAAGAUAGACAUGCCCGGCUUCAGAUGGAGCUAAAGGAUCGCAUGUCAUUGGAUGAGACGGUGAAAUCGCCAGCCGACGUGGACAAGGAGGGAGCCAUUCUUUCCGAGAUGCUGGAGAUCGUGGAGCAGAAAGACUCGCUGCGCAGCAUGCUCGAAGAGGACCGGCAAAGGUGGGCAGUCUUUUUGAACCUGAUUGAUCUGGCUCAAAGUAGUCUAGAGGAUGAUGUUUUCGCGCCUGACUCUGCGGAUGAACAGGAAAUCGCAGAUGAAUCCGAUGGGGAAUGUCAAGCGUACUCGGACCAGAUUCCGGCGCCCAAAGCUUCGGAUUCCGAAGUCUGGGAUAUUCGGGACGGCCAGCCGGAAGCAAUAGACAGCGAUCUUGAAAUCGAGGAGGAAUUUGAGCACCUGUUCAUCAAUGACCAUUCAGACACUUCUUCUCCCUGUACCGGCUCGAUAAGCGAUUUUCUCGAAUCGGAUUUAGUUGUAUUAGAUCCCAUUGAACCCCCUGCGGAAUUGCACGAACAACCGGCGCAUCCAGCAAAGAUUGCUUGGAGUCCGUCUGUCGAAUUUGAGGGGAAAACUGUUGAAUUGAACGAAUUGGUUAGCCAAGAAGAAAUUGACCUUUGGUCUGCCGUUGCCGUUGCCACCACCAUCGAGAAUGAAAACGCAAUUGACGAACAAGAAGUUUUAGAAUUUGAUCAACUUGUCCAAGACUUGUCUGACGAUGACGUGGCCAGUUUAGGUAGUUCCAUCGAAGAGAAGCGCCCGGAUUCGAUGGAAUUUGAAAGCCAGACGAUCGAGUUGACGGACCUUAAUAGUCAAGGUGAAACCGAGUUCUGGUCCGGCAAUGACGACGACUCGGCAGCCAACAGUGAUUUUGAACGGCUUCUGAGCUCCGACGGCACUGAUUACGAAUACUUUUAUGAGCAACGGCAAAGCAUGGCUGCAGACGUGAAACAAAGGAAAACCUCUGAAAUUCUUCGGGAGAAAGUCGAAGUCUUUGACGAGCUGGACAGAAAGGCGCGGAAGCGCGUCGAGGCCGUCGAAGAGGAGAACGAUUGGGGCACGCUUGGAGUUAAAUUUGAGAACCGCGGUGUGGUGCGCGAUCUUGUUUGGAUGUGGGAGUACAACCAUUUGCAACAAAGUGGCCGCCGAGGGGUCUACCCUGAUCUGGACGAGCGUCCAAAGACGAAGGGAAAGAAAGACGAUCGUUCAAGUUGCCGGAACGACCUCGAAUCAAACCCACAGCAACAGACACAAGAGCCACCUCAAAAAUCCAGGAAGAAAAGAAAGAAAAUCAUUCCAGAAAUGGAAUUGGAGAGGAGAACAAUUUGCUCAUCCGAUCCAGCCGGCGGAUGGGCGUGGUGGCAGAUUGGCAUCCUUUUCUGGCUGACGGUCUUCUCGUUUUUCAUCUUGUCGGCACUUCCGGCCGACAGUUGGCCCUCAUUCUUUUGAUAGCACAUUUCUUUUUUUUUCCCUCCUCCUCCCGUUGUUUCACACAUUCUUUUGUUUCUCCUCGCUCUCUGUUAUUUUCCUUAUUUAAUUCUUUAAUAGUGGUUGUGGUUUCGUUUCACUGCCGUUCUUCCCGCUCUUCGUUUUCCUUACCCAGUAGUAGUAGUAGCUUUACCUUAUCUAUUAUUAUGCUUAUUCUUUCAAAUCGACCUGCGCUCAAAUUUCUUUUUUCUACGUUACCUGACAAUGUUUUAAAGUCGGCCUCCGGGAGAAUUUUUUUUUUUUUUUUUCGUUUCUAAUCUUAGUCAAUCCUACCGGUAAAUCUUAUUCUCUUAUUCUUUAUUUUGCGUCCCGUCUGAAUCGUUUUCUAUUUUGGGCUUUUCAACCACAAAAUGUGUCUGACGAGCCAAGUGAAGUUAAUAUCCGAAUUGCUUGAUUGGGAUGCCAAAAUGACAUGCAAUCUAGUCUAACUAGAAACUAUCUGCUGGAUAAAAACAAGCGCAAAAAAGAAAAGAAAAAUCCAUCCCCAAA